AUGACCACAGCCGCCAUGGACGAUUCGUCCCACAUGAGCUUCCACGUUCUGGACACUGUUGCUCCAGUGCUGGCGCCGCGAGUGGGCAAAUUGGCGAUCGCCGGCCGCCGGACGCUCUCGACGCCGCACUACAUUUCCUUGACCUCGAGGGGCACAGUUCCGCAUAUUACUCACGAUGUGAUGCGGGACCACACUGGGAUAAACGGCCUAUAUGCCGGGUUGGAAGAUUUCAUCGAAAAGAAGCCACCUGCGCCGUUAUAUAAGACCCCUGUCACAGAGCAGGAGUCACCCCUGAAAAAGUUCAUCUGUGUCCCAGAAAACAUGCCAUUGAUCCUCGGUCCCCGAAGGUUCCCUGCUAUCCCAUGUCCGCCGACGAACACCGAGACCUCGAUCGCAGUGCUGACCUCAGUCGGGUUCCACCAGCUUUCCGCGCAUCAUUACGUGGAGGCCGUACAAAAGCUGCGACCGGAUAUUGCCAUUGGACUGGCAGAUAUUGUCCUGGGAAAGCCGCCGGGUGUCAAACGGCGGGAGAAAAUGGUGGACCGCACGCAUGCCUUCACGCGCGACGCGCUGGAUCGGCUGUACGAAGACCCCGAGGAAGGUCAGCCGAAGUCGAAAGCUGCGUACUUUGCGCCGGUGCUGCCGCUGGACAACACGCAGCAGUCGCUGUACCUGGAUGAUUUGGAGAGCGAGUUUCGCCACAAUCUCUCCGGAUUGGCGUUAUAUGAGUCUGCCUCGCUGACCUUCAUCCCGGAGUCCCUGGGUAGCUUGCCUCGGUUGCUGUUGAGCAACCCAUCUAGUCCCCAUGAGAUCUUGCGAGAGAUCUCUCUGGGAGCAGACCUACUAACCGUCCCCUUGCUGGGUGCAUCGUCAGAUGCCGGGGUCGCGCUAGACUUCGAUUUCCCGGUCCCGCCUGCGUUGCAGACAGCCAGAUCAGAGCCAAAACCGCUUGGAUUCGACCUGUGGUCGUCGGAUAAUGUUACAGAUACAUCCCCACUGCGCGAGGGAUGUGAGUGCCACGCUUGUCAGCAGCACCAUCGCGCGUACCUCCACCACCUCUUGUCCGCCAAAGAAAUGACAGCUUGGGCUCUCAUUCAAAUCCACAACCACCAUAUAAUGGAACUCUUCUUCGCAGGAAUCGGAGAAAGCAUCCAGCGUGGCUCCUUUGAUGAAGAUGUUCAGGUAUUCAAUCGCGUCUAUGCUGCUUCGUUGCCAGAGCAGACUGGCCAAGGCCCGAGACUACGCGGCCACCAUCUACCCGCCGCGGGCCCCGGCCAACCCCGUCGAAUGCCCCGUAUAUAUGGCCGUCUUGAUGAAGCUAUACAGAAGUUUGCCGAGUCCCAGUCUUCCGUUGCUACGCCAGAUACCGGCGCGGAGGGACUCGAAGAACAUGGGUUUGCGGAGAAAGCAUAA